CUCAGCAUCGCUUCCGCUGCAGCCUCUCAGCUGCUGCCUCCAGGGUGGCCAGAGGCAGGCAUCCAGAGGGCUUUGUCUGACCAGGCUGAGUCAGGGCAGAAUGGGGGUACUGGCAAUGUUGGAGGUACUGGGUUUCCUAGGAGUUGUUCCAGGGGGUUCCCUUACCCUCCGCUGGGACAGCACCUCCUGCCACUUGGUCAGGUCCAUCCCUGGCAGCCCUCUGGGAUCCCUGAGCUUCCUGGGCAAGGAUGCCCAGGGCCUGGCUCUGUUCCAGGCCCGCUGGGAUGCACGAGGUAGGCUGCAGGUAUGUACCCGGCAGGGUGAGCCUGAGCUCACCGCAACUUUUAGUGCUCUCUGUGCUCAGGAGCCCACACGGGGCUCUUUUAUUCACACCCCUGGACCUGAGCUUCAGCGAGCACUGACUGCCCUGCAGAGCCAGUGGGAGGCCUGCCAAGGGCCCAAGAAUAGUCCUGUAAGAGCCAGGGAGAAGCGGGCAGUGGGGAAGAGUGGAGCAUCUGGCAGAGGGCACUCACGAGUAAAGAGAGGCUGGACCAUACCUGGCACGCUGUGGUGUGGAGUUGGGAACUCUGCUGAGAAUGCCUCGGAACUGGGUAUAUUCCAUGGGCCUGACCUCUGCUGCCGAGAACAUGACCGCUGUCCCCAGACCAUCUCACCCUUGCAACAUAACUAUGGCAUCCGAAACUUCCGAUUCCAUACCAUCUCCCACUGUGACUGUGAUACCAGCAGGUUCCAGCAGUGCCUGAGGAGCCAGCAUGACUCUAUCUCUGACAUCGUGGGCGUGGCCUUCUUCAAUGUGCUGGAGAUCCCCUGCUUUGUGCUGAAGGAGCAGGAGGCCUGUGUGUCGUGGUACUGGUGGGGUGGGUGCAGGACAUAUGGCUCAGUGCCCCUCGCGCACCUCCAGCCCAGGACCUACUAUAAUGCCUCUUGGAACUCUGGAGCCACCUCCCUUACUCCCAGCCCCCAGAGCCCAGCCCCCAGCAAACACCCUCAGAAGAGGCGCCCUCAGCAAACACAAGCCAGGCCCCACAGCACAACCAAUGCUACACCCUUCCAAGCCCCUACAGCCUCCUUUAAGCCUGAUGUGGUCCCCAGAGCCCAGCCAGGGGUCCCUCAUUCAGGCUACCAGGAUAGCCUAAAACUUCAAGGUGCUCAUCAAGUUUGCCGAAGCUUCCGCCACCUGGACCAAUGUGAAUACCAGAUCAAGCCCCAGGAAACCAAGUUCCACCUGUUCAACAGUGCCCAGGAGUCCCUUUUCCACUGUAACUGCACCCACCGUCUAGCACGUUUCCUGAAGCUCCACAGCCCACCUUUGGGUGCCAAAAGGCUUUGGGAGCUCGUGAGCACCACCUGUUUCAAGCUGGCUCCACCACUGGACUGUGCUGAGGGCAAAGAAUGUUCUAGAGAGCACAGGGCCAUCAAGGUGUCAGCUCGGCACUUGCAGCAGCUUCAGCAAAGACGACUCCAUCUCUGGGAUAAAGGCACAAAUGGGGGGCAGGCAUGGCCUUCGGAGCCCCUAGGGACCCCCAUGUCAUUCUACAGCCAGUGCCUGCGACUAACACAGGCAACCUGGAGGCCCAGUGGGCAGAAGAAAUUCUGGAGCUCAUGACUUUAGUUAUAGGCCUCCUAGUCCUAGCAUGGACCACCUGCCUGACUUUGCUAAGUUUUGGGAGACUUGGCCUCCUCUUCUUGGAAUGGCAUGGCUCUUGUGGACAGCAAGAGGCUGGAUGGGAAGAACCUCAAGGCCCAAAUGCUGGACCACAUCUCCUGCCAUCCUGGAUGAUCUUGAACUGGUUACAUAACCCCUCUGUGCCUGGAUGUGGUGUUCAGGAGGCUCAUUCUGAUACCUUGGGCUUGGACCUUGCCAGGGAACUUCAUAUACAUAUGGAAAUGGGGAGUGACUUAUAGUCAGGAGUCCCAGGAGGUACUAGAAGAAGGUACCAGAAGCAGGUACUUGUAUGUCCCUGUUGCAAAAUUAACAUCUCAAGACAGGUACUGUGGAGCCCCAGCACCUGGCCAUGAGGCCUAGGGCAGCAGGUGGAAAAUUAGGGAUGUCACAGAAAUGCCUGUAUCUGAAUUCAGGGAGGGGCCACUAGAGAGGACUUCCCAACUCCUCUUCUCCCAAGAGACCCUUUUUUUUUUUUUUUUUGGUCUUUUUGAGACAGGGUCUCCCUGUAGCCCCAGCUGUCCUGGAACUCACUAUGUAGACCAGGCUGGCCUUGAACUCACAGAGAUCUGCCUGCCUCUGCCUCCAAGUGCUGGGACUACAGGCAUGCACCACCAUGCUCGGCUUAGACCCCUUCUUUUAAUAGCUGCUGUGGCCUUCUUAGCCCAGGCCUGGACCAGUCUUUUCUGCCCUAAAUCUAAAUUUAAAUCUCCUUUAUGCCCUUGGGUAGGUAGGGCAAGGGACCUUCCUCUUCCACUCUGAGCCUUAGCUCCCUCCUCUAAAAAGGGAAGGUUAUUGAGACAGAAGCUCAUGCAGCCCAGGAUGCACCAUGUAUAGGACGGUCUUGAACUUCUGACCCUCCUUCCUCUACCUCCUAGUGCUGGGAUUACAGGUCUGGGCCAUCACAUCCAGUUUUAUGUGGUACUGGAGAUCGAAUGCAGGGCUUCAAGCCCUCAAUCUAUAGCUUCUAGGCAAGCAUACUACCAGCUAAGUUGUAUCCCCAGCUUGAAAAGGGGAGUUGUAGACAUAACUACCUCAUAGUAAUGCUGAGGAUUAAGUGAAUUAAUAUAUAAUGCAUAUGCACCUAAUAAACAUUCUCUUCCUCUAACACA